GGACCGGCUAAUCACUGAGCGGACACACAAACAUUUGCGCCGGAAAGCUAGGCGACCAUAGCAACGAAAUGGUAUUUUCACAAGCCGUUGCUACUAACAACACAUUAUUACGGCAACGCCGUUCUUUUAACAGAGUGACGAGGAAAAUAAAGGUCUGCUAUGGCCUUACGAGUUGAAACAAAGGGCUUAACACCUAAGAAAAGUCCUGUUGUUUCUAUAAGUGAGAACAAAGUGCAACACAAAAGAAAAGUCAAGAGUAAACCAAUUGAUGGGAAAGAAGUUGUGUGUUUGAUUUCUCAUGACAUGAUUCGAGAACUACUUGUCCCAAGUGAGGAAUCUGAUCAGCAUCCAGCUGUGAUGAAGAAGAGCGAACUGGAAAAUCUGAAAACACAUUUGCAGAGGAAACACCAUUUGGAGGACAAAGAGGAACUGCAGACAAAACUAAUGAAAGACAGUGAGAUUCGCAAGAAGAAACUCCAUAAGUGGGAUGAAAAACGCAAACAGAAGCUUAAGCCAGAAUUGGUUGAUGGAACUGAGAGCAGACGGGCUUCUCAUUUAGCUCAGAGGGCACUAGAAAUGAGACUAGAACUGGAAGAUGAUGUAAAAAAAGCAAAUCAGCUUAUCCUUAGCACCAAAUGCCAUGCCAUUCGGGAUGCUCAAGUGCUGGAGAAGACGCUUAUGCGGAAGGAGCUAGAAGAGAAUGAACUGAAGCUGGACCAUAUGAUGGAACAAGAACGUUUACGAGGAUUGAAAGAAGAGGAGCGUCAAAAAGAGAAGAAAGAUUGUCAAAAAUAUGAAUAUGUACAACAGAUUAUGAAGCAAAUGAAAGAUAAUGAAUCUGAAAGACUUAAAGAAGCAAAAUAUAUUGAAGAGGAGAGUGAGAUGAUGAAUAAACUGAGAGUUCAAAUGCAAAUAGAAGAGCAAGAAGCUGUACGCAAAAAAGAAAAAGAACAAGAAAAAAUGAAAAAGGGACUCGAUGAAGUGAACAGACAAUUGUUGGAACUACAAGAGAAAAAACGACUUGAAAUCCAAGCACUAGAACUCAGGGUUCAGGAAUACUUAUGCCGAAAGGCGGCUCAACAUAGGUCUCGUCAACAACAGCAAGAGAAGUUAAGACUGGCAAAAGAACAGGAACUGGCCCGUUUACGUUCUUUGCAAGAACGGCAACAAGACUUGCAAGAAAAAAUGGAAGAAAUAUAUGCACAGCGAGUACAAGAUGAGAUGGAACGUGAGUGGCGUCGAAGAGAGCUAGAGGCUGUCCGCAAGAAAGCACAGACAGAUGAGGAGCUUAAGAAGGCACUUGCUGAGCAAGUCAAAGAGAGACAGCGCAUUCAAGCACUGGAGAUUGCAAGGGAAAAGCAGGAAUUUGAGAAAGUGCAGAAGAUACAGGAGCAGCUCGCAGAAAAGGAAAGACAGGAGCAACUGAAGAGAUUACAGGAUCUUGAGGCACACAGGAAAGCCAUAUUGCAACAGAUGAGAGAGAAAGAGAUACAACGUGUUCGGGAUAGAGAGAAAAUGUACCAAGAGGCUUUAGAACAGCAUAAAGAAAGAACACUUCAUGACGAAAAUGUGAAGAAUGUUAUGUGUAAAAAGAUACACAAUCUAAGGCAUCAGAAAGUUCCAGAGCGCUAUAUUAAAGAGAUUGAACGGGCACUCAAGCUUAAACCAUAAUCACUGGUACUCCAAACUGGAUAUUGAGCAGUGAUGAAGGUCACUUAAUCUAUCUUCCACUAUUAAACUGCUACCAAAACCUGGGAGCAAUGCAGUUUCCAUACAUCUUAUAGUAUUUGGUUUGUCCAUACGAAUAAUGAACAAGGACCAAUAUUGUAACUAAGAGA